AUAGAUUAUUGUCUUCAAACACGCCGCAAGCUUGCGACAAGCUAACGCUCUCCUUUGGCAAACUCGCUCAGUUUCGAUCAUACCUGACAAGCGCCUACUGAACGUCCGACGGCGCGGCCAAGAACGACCAUUUUUGGUAUUUGGCGACAUUAAUCCGGAACCGGAAGGAGAUCUGUUAGCUUCGAAAGAUCGCUGGAAUUGUAGACGUGCGAUAUAUAAUUAAAUCCAGUCAUUCGUUACCUGUCACUCAUUAACCAACAACACACUUCAUUCACGCAAAAUCGCACAAGACAACCAGCAAUAAAUCCUUGCCGGCAUAUCGGCAUAUUCUUUCGAUCGAGCGGAGCUCACCUUCAUCACCAUGCACACUGCAACUUUGAUCGCCGCGCUCUUCAGCGCCUCAGUCUUCGCGGGCCCAGUUGUCAAGGUCCGUGAUGAUAACGGGAAUCCAAAAAGCCCAUCCGGCCCCUCUACAUACGGCGGAACUCCACCGAGCCCAGCAAGCCCAUCCGGCCCCUCUACCUACGGCGGAACUCCACCGAGCCCAGCAAGCCCGUCAAUCCCUGACAGUCCAGCUGGCUAUGGUUCAUCAUCACCACCCAAUCUUACUCCAGUAAGCCCAUCAAAGCCUGCCAUUCCACUUGGCUAUGGAGAUACUCCAUCGACCCCAGUGAACCCAUCAUUGCCUCCCAGUCCCGCUAGCUACGGCUCUAGUGGCGGAACUCCACCGAGCCCAAUAACACCAACAGUGCCUUCAAGUCCAGCUGGCUACGGCUCACCAAAUCCAUACGGCUCUACUGGCUCUGGCUACGGCUCGCCAAAUCCAUACGGCUCUACUGGCUCUGGCUCUGGCUCUGGCUCUGGCUCCGGCUCCAGCUCUGGCUCUGGCUCUGGCUCUGGCUCUGGCUCUGGCUCCAGCUCUGGCUCCAGCUCCAGCUCUGGCUCUGGCUCCGGCUCCGGCUCCGGCUCUGGCUCUGGCUCUGGCUCUGGCUCUGGCUCUCCAGUGACCAAGACCAUCUGCGGCGCUACCGGCUUCACCAACUACACCGUCAAGUCCGGCGACAGUCUCACGACCAUCGCCAAGAACUUCAGCUCCGGAAUUUGUGACAUUGCUGCGUACAACAAGAUCACGAACCCGAACUUCAUCCUUAAUGGCCAGGCCCUGCAGAUCCCACUCAACUGCACCAAGCCAGACAACACGACUUGCCUUCCCCCACCAUCACCAAACGCAACCGCGACGUGCGUCGCUGGUCUUCCAAACGCCUACAAUAUCCGCUCCGGUGACACUCUGACCGCCAUCGCCAAGGACUUCAACAUCACCCUCGCCUCCAUCCUCGCCGCCAACCCCAACAUCACAAACCCAGAUCUCAUCCAAGUCGGCCAGCAACUCAAAAUCACAGUUUGCCCAAACAGCCGGUGCGACUCGGUUGGCUCUUACAUCAUCAAGUCUGGUGACCUAUUCGUCGACUUGGCCACGAAAUACAAAGCCACUGUUGGACAGAUCAAGGCUCUCAACCCUACCGUUGACCCCAGCAAGACUGCCCCUGGUGACUUGAUCAUUCUCCCGCAGAACUGCCGCAAUGCCACCACUCCGAAGGCUUAAGAAAAGUUGUGGUGGGAUGUCUCUGGGAUCGCAAUCUCAAUCCUUGCGUACAGGGCCGAAGAAGAAGAAUAAGCAUUGGAGGAAGCAGCACCACGACGAUGAAACAUGUUUCUUUGUCUUUUUUUUUGUUUUUUUUUUGGAAAACUGUAAUGUAUCAUAGCCAAACCGCAGUAGUGUCCUGUCCAUAAGUUCUGAAGCACAGGACUUUCAAAAGCGAAGGUUCUUUUUUUUCGUGGGA